GUAAACAUUACACUCGGUUAACAGGUAAACUGUAAAGUAUAAUAAAUAAUUAUUAGGUAUCUCAUCUCUAUUCUCCUGUGUGUUUGUAAUACGUACUUUAGGUGGUAGUUUAAAUGAUUUGGGAAAGUUUCAAAAGGUUUUAGUAUAAAAUAAACAACACCAUGAACAUCUCCAUAAGACUGGCUUCGGACAAGACCAGACACGGUGUGUUGAAAGACAAUUCCAGUGCACCAAUAAUAUUCACUCCGGGUGAAAAGAUUCGCGAAAAAACUGGAUUUAUGAGAGGCCAUGGGACGUACGUAUCAGGAGAUUACCUCAAAGCUACUGUGGCUGGCGUUGAACAAAACAUCAAUAAAUUAGUUACCGUCAGUCCGUUGCGGUGUAGAUACAAUGGAGAAAUCGGUGAUGUAGUUGUUGGCCGUGUCACUGAAUUGGUACACAAACGUUGGAAAAUCGAUAUCAACUCGAGAUUAGACGCUGUAUUAUUAUUGACGUCGAUUCAAUUACCCGGCGGAGAAUUAAGAAGAAGAGGAAUGGAAGACGAACAAUCUAUGCGAAGUUAUUUGAGUGAAGGAGACCUCGUGAGCGCUGAAGUCCAUUCAAUGUUUGCCGACGGAUCGUUGUCGCUACACAUGAGGAGUUUGAAAUAUGGCAAGUUGGAGCAAGGAGUAUUGGUUAAAGUGCAGUCAAACCUGAUUAAACGUAGUAAAAAUCAUUUUCAUAAUUUGUCCGCUGGAGUUAGCGUUAUUCUUGGCAACAAUGGUUAUGUAUGGAUUGAGCCGACGAGUGAUUGCAAAAAGGAUCCUGGCGGUUUCGAAGUCGAUCUUCAAAAAGUGGUCGAAAUUGGUGAUAGACAAACAAUAUCUAGAGUGCGUAACAUUAUAUUGGCAUUAUCGUAUUACAAAAUGUUGAUAUACGACACGAGUAUACAAUACGCUUUGGAAGAAUCAAAUAAAUAUACUGUGGCAGACUUGUUAACCGCCGAAGCCUGUUACGACGUCGUCAAUCUUACGCGCUACCGAUUACAAGCCAUGGAUGAAUAAUUUAUUUGAAAAUUGAAAUUGUGUAUAGCAGAAAAUAUGUCGAGAAUUUUUUUUUUAUUUAACGUACCGGUGAUAAAUAUGAUAAAAGAUAUUCAGUGAUAUGUUUUCUAAAAAUUAAAAAUAU